GGAGGACUGACGCUCCGUGACGCUGGGUUGGCGUUGGAGCGGGACAAUGACAAAUAUUCUGGGAAAAGCUACGAUGGUGACGGUCACCAUAUGCACCAUCACGUGUAUUGUGAGGGCCGGGAGUACGACCUUUGCUGAGAUCGCGCCCUCUUUCCCACCCGACCUCGCCUCCAGUUUCUUGGUUGAAGUGAAGGAAAGACAAUGUCGCCAAUCUCAUCCUUGUGUCAAUCAGUGCAACUUGCAACCAAACUGUCGUCUCGUCUGCAUUAAAGAUUCGACGUGCCACAUGUACAGCGGGUGGGUGAGCGAACAGUGGUCCGGCUACAACAAGACCGACGCUAUACGUUUCGGAUCCUGUUUCACUUCUUGGACGAACCAACGCCGAAUCUUCCCCGUGGCCACCAACCAAUCAGGAAACUACUAUGAUUAUUAUUCAAGCGAGGCUGUCAGCGGCUAUCUGUCACGCCCCGUCAGAUACUGCAGCAUAACGGCGCGCGUGGCCAACCCGUGGUGGUGGGCGGACCUGGGCGAAUCCAAGACGGUUUCGCAGAUCGUGGUUCACAUCCGCCGCGACGGGCACUCGGACAGCCAGUUCCGGUCCGUGGUCGCUCGCCUCGGGGACGCCUCCGAAGCCAGCCAGAACGCGGUGUUCGACUCGAAAGACGGCGUUCCUGGCAUCGGCUCCGUCAUCCAGUUCACGCCGACGAGACCCAGGGUGGGCCGGUUCCUCUCCCUGCAGAGCAUCGUGUCUCUUGGAUAUCUGACCAUCUGCAACGUGCAAAUAUUAUCAUAGGCAUCAUCAUCUGUGCCAAAUUACUGAACAACGAGCAACAAAAGGAAGAUUAAGAAUACGUACGAAUACGAAGCCAUUUGUGUUCUACUAUCUCUACUUACAGUGUGGAGAAACAAUAUGGUGAGAUGGCUUUU